ACUUUUUCAUCAAAAAAUCACAAUGGCACCCAUGAAUAAAAGACGUCAAAAUUCAAACGUAUUUGCCAUGUUUGACAAGGCACAGGUGAUGGAAUUUAAGGAUGCAUUUAGCAUCAUGGAUACAAACAGUGAUGGCUUAGUGGAUAUUAAUGAUCUCAAAGUAACAUUCGAGAGAUUAGGCCAGCCUGCUACUACUCAAGAGAUCGAAUUAAUGAUGGGCGACGCAACAGGCCCCAUUAAUUUCACCGUAUUUCUCACACUGAUGGCAGACAAACUAGCAGACACAGACCCCGAAAAUACAAUCCUGAAGGCAUUUUCUGCUUUUGAUGACACCCGCAACGGAAAGAUAAAUGCAACCUAUCUGAGAGAAUGCAUGACAACGAUGGGUGACAGAUUUACAGACGAAGAGGUCGAUAUCAUGUUUAAAGGAUCAGUCAUUGAUGAUGAGGGAAACUUCAAUUAUAGAGAUUUUGUGCGUGUUUUGAAACAUGGCGAAUAAGCCCAUUGUUUUUAUUCUGUCAGUAACUGUAAAUUUUUUUUGUUCUUUUUAAUAAACCCAUAUACCUAUUUUUUCAUCUCCAAA